UCCAUCUUAAAAAAAUGCAUUUGAAUACAGUACUGUCCUGCAGGGACAUCAUGUAGAAGAGAGAGAUGGUACAAAGUAAGCUGCAAUGAGGUCAUUACUGAGUCCCCACAUGAAUAUUAUGGGAUUAUUAGAGGGGAUCUGUCAUUAAGGGGUUAUGGUCAGGAGUGUCGUUGUGGGGAGGGGGGCUGACAACGACGCACAAGCACAUCAUCAUAUGGGAGAGCAGCUCAUCAGUGUCUGACAGGGGGACUGAGAGAGAGAGAUGAUGGCUGAGUGAGUGAGAGAGAGAGAGAGAGAGAGAGAGAGAGAGAGAGAGAGAGAGAGAGAGAGAGAGAGUGGUGGGGGCUGGAGAGCAGAGAGCCGCAGACGCACAAGGUGCUCCUCCGCUCUCAGACCUGCAGCGCUCAAAGAUCAGACACGAGCAGCCUCAGGGUGGCUUCAGAAAAAAUUAAAAAAAAAGUCUUUCACCGGAUUUAAACCAUAUUUUCUCGCGCGCCUGAUGGAUUGUACCGCUUUAUUGUCUUCUCGGACCACUGGAAAUCUGAGAGGCGGUUUUACGCACACGUGCCAGGGGCGCUCACCGUGAGUCACUGGAUGUCCGGAUUAAAACGCCUGGCGGUGGAUCUUUUUGCGCGGGGGUACCAGCGAGGUGAAUUAGAUGGAUACACAAGUCAGAUAGGUUUCCCGAGGAGUGGAGGAUUCUCUAGGCGACACGCGCGCAGCCCACAUGGCUUUGCCAAACUCACCGGGGUCUCCCGGAGCUGGGAAGCCCAACCCCGGCGUCAUAGACCUGGGGACGAUCUUCGUUGACUCCGACAUCAUAUUUGGAUUUACAAGUCACCUGCUGAAGAGGAAAACAAGGGUGGAGGGAUGUCCGAGCGGAGAGUCUCCGGCAACCCCCAGGAAGAGGCUUCACUCUGCGGAGGACGCGCGGUGCAGCAGCCGGCCUCCUCCCGAGGGCGCCGGGUCGGUUUCCAUCUCCGAGUCGGAGGAGAAGGGAGGCUUCUGCCAGCAAUGUCAGAAGAAAGUCACCGAGCUGAGGAAGCAGGCCCUGGCCCUGGCUGACCACAACUCACUGAAGGACCCUGGAUAUGCAUCCUUCCUGUUCGAGCAGCUCCAAACACCUGGGAGCAAUGAAGCUGGUGUCAGCUGUUGCCAGGUGUGCGCCACGUCUCUCCACCAACUGAGGCGGGAGGCCUUGCAGACCCUCCACGCUCCCAUCCUCACCAUUAGCUCAGACAUGGCCGCCCUGCCUGCUACAUCCUUCUUGCCGCAGCCUGCUAGAUUCACCGUGUCCUCCGGCGUCCAUGCAAAACAGCUGUCCAAAGGUCAGCCGGCUGCCCACUCUGUGCUGCCCUUGGGCGAGCGGCACAGGGUACCAGGCUGGUCGCAGGGCCCCUCGGUGUCUUCAGGGCCAAAGACAAGCGUCCAGGUGACGGUGGCAGGAGGGCAGCUCAGUGGAUCCUUGAGCACUGUCACCAUUCAGGCACAGCAGUACCUCGAGGGCAUGUGGAGCAUCUCCAGGGUCAACAACUUCCUGCCUCAGCCUCAACCGGCCCAGGGUUUGAUGGGAGAGGCAGACAGGGACGUCACUGCCUCGGAGGCCCAAGUCACCACCAUGACCACCGGCAGCACCAGCAGCAGCACCCUGACACCCUGCCGACUGAGGAGCUCCAGCCAACCGGGACUCCCAGCGCCCGUCGCCAACACAUCCACCUCCUCAUCUGCAGCAGCCUCCUUCUUCAUUAGGGCAGCUCAGAAGCUGAAUCUGUCCUCCAAGCGGAAGAAGCACCAGCCCUCGCUCCUCCACCCGCAGGAGCCCUCCAUUUACCCCACCAACUUCAGCGGCAUCCUGCAGGUCUCGCCGCCCCCCGCCCCACCAUGCCUGCUCCGAGCCGUGUCCAAAGUGAAAGAGAACCCGGGGAUGGGAAAGGUGAAGGUGAUGAUGCGUAUCUGUCCAUCUCUGGAGGCUGCAGACUCCUCCGAGUCUCAGUCAUUCCUGAAAGUGGACAGCAGGAAGAAGCAGCUCACCCUCUACGACCCCGCCUCCAGCCCGCACUCCGGUUCAGGACACAGGCGAUCUGCCACCGUGGCCGUCCCAAAGAUAUUCGCCUUCGAUGCUGUUUUUACCCAGGAUGCCUCACAAGCUGAGGUGUGCUCAGGGACAGUAGCCGAGGUCAUCCAGUCCGUGGUGAACGGCGCAGACGGCUGCAUCUUCUGCUUCGGCCAAGUCAAGCUCGGCAAGACAUACACCAUGAUUGGCAAAGACAGCACCACUCAGAGCCUAGGCAUCGUGCCCUGUGCCAUUUCCUGGCUCUUCAAGCUCAUCAAUGAGCGCAAGGAGAAGACGGGCACGCGCUUCUCCGUCCGAGUAUCCGCAGUGGAAAUCUUCGGGAAGGACGAGGAGCUGAAGGACCUUCUGUCCGAGGUGUCAACAGGCAGCCUGCAGGACGGCCAGUCCCCGGGCAUCCACCUGAGGGAGGAUCCCAUCUGUGGCACUCAGCUCCAGAAUCAGAGUGAGCUACGUGCCCCGACGGCGGAUAAAGCCGCCUUCUUCCUGGAUGCCGCCAUCGCUGCACGCAGCACCAGCAGGCCCAGUGCAGAUGAGGAGGAUCGACGCAACUCCCACAUGUUGUUCACGCUGCACAUUUACCAGUACCGCAUGGAGAAGAGCGGCAAGGGAGGAAUGUCAGGCGGACGGAGCAGGCUGCACCUCAUCGACCUGGGGAGCUGUGAGAAGGUCCUAAGUAAGAGCAGAGACGGAGGGGGAGGCUUGUGUCUUUCUCUUAACGCACUGGGAAAUGUCAUCAUGGCUUUGGCAAAUGGAGCAAAACAUGUACCUUACAGGGACAGCAAACUGACCAUGUUGUUGAGGGAGUCCCUUGGCAACAUCAAUUGCAGAACCACCAUGAUCGCCCACAUCUCCGAUUCCCCCGCCAACUACGCUGACUCACUCACGACGAUCCAGCUGGCAUCCCGCAUCCACCGCAUGAGGAAGAAGAAAUCUAAGUAUGCAUCCAGUUCAUCUGGAGGGGAAAGUUCCUGUGAGGAGGGGAGGAUCCGCCGGCCGCCUCACCUCAGGCCCUUCCACCCUCGGACCGUAGCCCUGGACCCAGACCUGCCUGCAGUGCUCAGUGACCCAGACUACUCCUCCAGCAGUGAACAGUCUUGUGAUACUGUCAUUUAUGUGGGCCCUGGGGGAACUGCGAUCUCGGACAGAGAGCUCAGUGAUAAUGAAGGCCCGCCUGCCUUUGUUCCAAUCAUCCCCUCCCUCAACAGGAAGAAGCCUGCAAGAGAGGGCCCACUGGACAGAGACCAGUUCUUUAAAUGCAACACAUUUGCUGAGCUGCAGGAGAGGCUUGAGUGUAUUGAUGGCAGUGAAGAACCCACUGCCUUUGUUGGGGAGGGCAAGCGGAAUCCUGCUAGCCCUAAGACUGAGAUAUCCAAGGAGAGCCAAGGCUCGGUUUCACCAAAGACUGUAGCAAAUACUUCUCACACCCAAGAGGGUGUGUCACCCAAACAAUCUCCUAAAUCAGUUGCCACACAACCAUCUGGCAGUCCCACCACAAAAUCUAAACUGGACAGUGCCAAGGCGCAAUGCAUACCUGCACCAAUAUCAGAAAGUGUUCAAAAUGUAUGCAGGACCAGCGCUGAUGGUGAGAAAGCCUUGGUUUCUGAGAGCAAAGUUAGCACCAACAAACCUAAUUCUGAGCCUGUGGUGAGGGAGAAGGUCUACUUCAACAAGAAAGCUUUGCCGAAACCAGCCCCACCUCCUUCUCAACAGAGAGACUCCUGCAAGGAAAACACAGACCAUGAGGAAAGGUCCAGCACCAGAAUGCCUCCUGUAGGGAUGAGCCACCAAGCGAUGAAAAAGAGGGAUCCUUACAAUUCCCCUGUGCUCAGAGCGCCAGUGGAGGUGUGCCAGGUGCGCUCUACCUUAAGAGAAAGAUGUCUGGAUCGGGACAUCCUGAGAGCCACUGUCACCUUGCAGCAGCCUGUGGAGCUGAAUGGGGAGGAUGAGCUGGUGUUCACUGUGGUGGAGGAGCUGUCUAUAGGCAGUCUUGUUGACAAAGGUCGGCCAUCCAGCAUUAUCAGCUUUAACAGUGACUGCUCCCUUCAGGCGCUGGCCUCUGGUUCGCGACCUGUCAGCAUCAUCAGCAGCAUUAAUGACGAGUUUGAUGCCUACACGUCAGCUGUCGGAGGAUCAGAGGUGAACGUUGCGGUGGUAGCACCUCUCCAGGAGGGAGCAAUGGAGUGUAUAGACAGCAGGGGUUCAUCUAUCAGCUCUUGGCUGAGUGAGGUCAGUGUCUGCACCUUGGAGAGUGAAGGGGCUCAUUCUACGGACGUCUUCCUCCCUCAGGCCAAACAUAUGGGACCAGAGGCCACCUUUUACUUCGAUUCCCUGGAUAUGUUCCACUGUGUGUCUUCUCCAAGAGAUGCCAAGAACUCCUUAAAUGACAGCGGAUUUAGUUUUUCUGAACUAGACAGUGACAGUGCCGCCUCAAGCAAACUAUCUUUGACAAAGUGCCCCCCGUCUCCAGAAUCAGCCAAAGGCUCCCUCAGAUUCACAUCCAAAAUAACUAAAGCUCACUCACUUAGCUCCUCCCAACUUCCACAUGGCCCCUCCAUAGUCCACUCCAGUCUUCCCAGGAAGAUCAAACCUACCUCAUCCAUCUCACAUAGUAGCAGCAGUAGCAGCAGCAGCAGUAGAGAGCCACCAAGGCAAGAGGCGAAGCAGGAGGAUCCUUGGCAGCGCAACGACAACCACUCAGAACCUCAGUUUUCUGACUCCAGCAGCACCAGCAAAUUUCUCAGACACCCCCCCACUGGUAUCCCCUCUGGCAAAACAUCCAACAACAGCAACAGUGUACCUCGCCCUCCUAAGGUGCAGGGGUCUACCUCAUCCCAGAGGGUGGUUGAUGGCUGUGAGAAGUCAGCCAUUAAGAAUCCGCCCAGCAAAAUGCCUCAGCUGAGACGAGGUGCCACCACCCUUGGAACAGUGCCGGUCAUCCACUCCACCACAGACUACAAGGCAGCCCAAGAUAUUAUUGCAUCAACCACAAACCUUAAAUUCUCCUCUUUGGGUAAGAACAACAAGGCUAACUCACAGAAAGCGAGCAAUCUCCCCAGACCUGGCUGCACCUCUCCUCCACCACCUCCGGUGAGAAAGUCCAGUCUUGACCAUAAGACUAAGACCCUGCUGCCCCAAAGUGCCUUAAAGUCAGCAUAUGGGGAGGCAGGAAGGACCUCUGGAGCAAGGGCAGCUGUAUCAGAGGAUGAGCUUGAGGUACGUCACAGAGGAGACUCUAUCAGUUUCAAAACCUCCAGCCUCAACACAGCCAAAGUUACCUCCAGCUUGAAGGGCAGAGGGGCCAGAGGUGAGGUUGGGCAGCAUUACGGCAGUCAAAUGUCCUUGGAAAGGUGUGAAAGCCUGUCCUUAUCGGGUUCCAGAGCUACACUCAGUAGGGAGAACAGUGGAGCAAGUCUGGGCAGCAGCAGUGGCAAAUCCAGCAAAUCCAUUCCAAGAUUUGGUAUUCCUAAUUCAUCCAGCUCUCCUAUAGCUACCUGCCCAUCAUCCCCAAGUGGAGGAACUCUUAACAAACCUGGUCAGGUAAAAGCAUCUGUGAAUCCCAGAGCAUUAGGGGCAGUCAAUGCUAGUAAGGCACGGUCGCUUUCGGCCAACAGCUCCAAGGGCCUGAGCUCCUCCACCAAAUCUUUGGCCGCUCCCGUUACCAGGAAUACCAAUGCCAACCUUCCUCCAUCAGGGCGGACGCCAGCUCCUCGAACCACCACCGCUGUCAGCAGUAAGCCUCCACGAACGAUUAUGGGCACAAAGCAGGCCAUGAGGGCUGCAAACAGCCGUGUGAGUGAACUGGCAACAGGCAACAUAUCAGGCAAACACAUGAGGGGUUCAGGAGAUUCAGACAGUGGGAAUGACAGCGGGGUGAAUGUGAGUGAUGACAAAUCCCCCAUGGCCAUGCUGCCCUCUCCAUACAGCAAAAUUACAGCACCCAGACGGCCUCAACGCUACAGCAGUGGCCACGGCAGUGACAACAGUAGUGUGUUGAGUGGGGAGCUGCCUCCAGCUAUGGGACGCACGGCUCUGUUCUACCACAGUGGUGGCAGCAGUGGAUAUGAGAGCAUGAUCCGUGACAGCGAGGCCACAGGCAGCGCUUCCUCUGCCCACGACUCCAUGAGCGAGAGCGGCAUGUCGUCCUCGGGCAGAACGAGAAGCUCCAAGUAUCCCAAAAAGAGAGCAAAUGGCUUCCAGAGAAGACGGCUUAUCCCCGCUCCCCUGCCAGACACUUCUUCCCUGGGGAAGAAGGCGAGCGCAGCAGGCCAGUGGGUGGACUUGCCUCCAAUGUCAGGACCACUGAAGGAGCCUUUUGAGAUCAAGGUGUACGAGAUCGACGAUGUGGAACGGCUCCAGAGGCGACGUCAGGAGGAAAGCGCAGAGCAACCAUUCCAGGAUGUUGACAAGGGCCUGCAGUAUUUUAACAGUAAACUGAAGAUGCUGGAGAGAAGGCAACAGCAAGUAAAGGAACUAAGGGCGAAGCAUGAAGUGUUGUUGGAGGAGCUAGAAGACACCAAGGUCCGACUGAUGAUGGAGCCCAGCAAGUGGAUAGGAGAGUUUGAUGUGGACCCGAAUUUGGAUAAAGAGUCUCCAGAGUACCUAGAGGCCUUGGCACAGGCCACAGAGGAGCUGGAGUUCUGUGUCAAUCUAUGCAAGUCCCGCGUCAUGAUGGUGACCUGCUUUGACAUCAGCAUGCCAACGCCAGGUGCUCCGGAGGGACGGCGUGAAGUGGAAGUCUGAGGACGAAAAGAAAGUCGACGUGGAGAAACGAGGAAGUGAGAGAACAAAGGAAUGACGAGACGUAUCGCUGGGGCGAGGAGCAACAAGUGACAGAGACGGGACGAGAGCGGAUCUUUGCAUGAAAUCCGAGGAAAUCUACAGUGCCUCGUUGCCCAGGACGUGUUUUUACGGCAGAGAGAUGAAAUGUGAGCACAAAUGCUUUUGCCUGCCGGGCAAGGUGGUGGCCAUCACUUACUCAAGAGUCAAUGAACAACACCUGGAAGUGCCUUUUCUAUUGUUUUUGUUUUGAGUCAUUAUUUUUCAUAUGGUGCAGGUAUCUUCAGCAUACCUAGGCAAACCCUGAACAUAUUGCUUUUAAGAAAAAAAUAUUUUAUAUUGCAUUGUAUAGUGUAUUUAUAUGAUUAUGUGGUGUGUACAAAUAUCCUUUUUAAGGGGAAAAAAAAAUAAAGAGGAAAAAAGAAAAAGCAAUAAGCUAAUGUUAUUGCGCUCCCAGACUUUGCCUUUUCUCUUGUUUGAAACCUCAGUCAGCAUUUUAUCCAUGUUCAUUCAGCCUCUUGCGCCUUAUGUUAACUCUCUGGUUCUGUAGUUUUUCUAGAUUUCCAAACUGGACUAUGUUAUCUCAUCAAGGACUGCGUUUGCUGUCAUCACUCAUCGCCUGCCAGCUGGCCUGUGAGCGCUAGCGGGCUUGGGUGAAUUAUUUUUUUUUCUUUCCCUCCAGUUGCCUUGAUCAAAAUGGGUCUCAGUGGAUGCACUAAGGUAGAGCAGCAGUCGUGUUGGGGGACGGAGGGCUUUUUUCUCAAGCUGCGCCUGCCCGUGUUUAUCUCACUGAAAAUGAGAGAUUAAGCCAAAACAUAUCAAUCAGAGGACCACUGUGAUGGAUAGCGAGCGAUUAUUCUUGAUUCAGCCAUUCUCUCCGGUGCCUCAGUACAGUAUGUGGUCGCGCAACCCUGAGAGAGUUGACCCUCGCUACACAAGCCGAGGAGGAUAGCAUGAUGAAUGGUUACACUGAUAGCGGCGCUCAUCAGUGAGCCCAAUUUCUCUCCAAAUGGCCUUGGACUGGGUGCUAUCUAUCCAUACACUGUAAAAACAAAGAGGCACAGAUGAGAUAGCGCCGGCCCACUCGCCUCUUUUACAGUAUUUUUCAAGCGCUAGAAAGCCUCUAUGCAUUCCAAUAGUUUCACUGCAACUACUGUAAAAAAACACCUCAAUAAUAACUUAAGGGCAGAAACACAGUUUGUCCUCUUUUGUCCCCUGUUUGCUUUUUUUUUUGUUUUGUUUUUUGUUUCAAAUAGACAAAUUAGCGAAGUUGAUCCAGUGUCUCAAACAAAGACUCAAGAAUAGUUGGUUUUCUGUGAAAUGAUGCAGUGAAUAAAAAAGGCAAGUGAUGGUGACAUUGUUUUGGAAAAUCAAUCAUGAUAUCAGCUCUUUGUAGCUGCCAGAAUGUGCUUGUUAUGAAUCAGACGGCUGACACAGAGAGGGGAAAGAUGAUUGGCGAAAAUGAUUGUUACGGGAAAAACAAACUGGCUUUGUUGUAUUUUGGUAUGUUUGUUUCUAUAUCUAUGACAAAUAUGAUUUUGCUUUCUUUUCCUUUUACAAAGAUGUACUCUCUCAGGCCCUCUCUCAAGAUGCUGCAUGAGAUUUUUUAGUCAUUUUUAAGGAUGAUUUCUACUCCAUUUUUACCAUUCUAAUUUUUUACAAUAACUUCAGUUUUCACUAAUGUGGGUUUAGGCUUAUGAAUUAAAUAACUAUUACCAAACCGAGACCUUUUUCCAAGAAAUUAUUAUAUGUGAGGUCAUAUUUCAUAUCAAAACCCAUAUUUUCGAAUAUCUUUGUUUUUGUAUAGGAUUUUCAAACCCUGUGUAUAAAUGUAUAAUACGGCAGCUUGUGUUUUACUUUUACAGUACCUGUGAAUAAAAUGUUUCUUCUU